UCCCUCUGUUUUCCUGCUACAAUGCUUUGGAUAGCUAAGUAUUCCACAUUCUCCAGCUCUGGAAUCAUUUGGAAGAUUUUCUUUGUUUCUCUGCACUAUGGCAAGCUUCCUGUCUUGGGUAAACUAACUAGCAUGGAGAAGCGCACAUUGAACAGUGAAGACGGGCUGAGCACUGCUACCAGAAAUUUAGAAGAAAUUACAGUGAAGUACAUGGAAGAAAUGAAAGAAGUAGAAAACUAUGCAAACCAUGUCCAUAACUUAACAGAGGAAAAAGAAGCAUUUUCUCAUGGUUGUGAAAAGGAAAACAAACAGCAUAGACAUGUGGUUAAAGAGCUCCUACCCAAACAGGAAGUGCAAAUAAAAGAGAUUGAAGAAAUGUUGUAUCAAGAGGGCUUAUCUGAAAUAGCUCUGAGCAGCCCCAGUGAACAGAUUACAUACUUACUGGUAGAAAGAAGUACACUCUUGAGGAAACUGGAAACUGGGGGCUCCAAGCCAGAAUCACAAAGAUGUAUGACCAGUAACCUACAGAAAGGACUUGCCCAAGAGAAACUUGAACAAAUCCACCAGCCUCUGCAAAGAGAACAUGAGAAAUAUCAGGAACCUGUGAAGCAAUCUGAAAAAAAUCUGAGUGAGUCCCGUAAUGAAGACCUGGAAAAAGAUAAAACUUCACAAAACUGCCUGGAGAGAAAUGCAGAACAAGCGGUGGAGAGGUUAAGGAUGGCCCAGGAAGAGAUCCGAAUGCUCACUGAUGAGCUACAAGGGAGGGAGAAAGAACAGAGUAAAUUAGAUUCUGCCCUUGAGAAGGCUCAGCUAGAAAUUGAGAAACUGAAAGAAAAUUUGACAAAACUGAAAGAAAAUGAUUCAGUUGACCUACAGAAAGCAAGGGAACAUAAUCAGAGACUGGAUGAGGAAAUUCUGGCUUUAAGAAAUUGGGUUCAAUCACUGGACUCAGAAAAAGAAGUGCUUGAAGAAGUGGUUGGAAGACUUAAAGGAGAGAUUUAUGAAUCUCAAGGGAAUAAGCAACCUGGAAACCACUCCCCUGGGAAAACUGUGGGUGCUGAACAGAAAGAACAGGUAUUUUAA